AAGUUGAUGUUGAUGUAUUGCGUGUCAGACUACCCAUCCCUUCUCUGCUUACACGUUCCUGUCUUUAUCCAUACUCUAUUUAAAGGAACGAAUGGACCCGCACCUGUUUUUAGCGAUCGGGUGUCUUUUGACAGUUUCUUUAGCACUCCCCCUUUUUUAAUGUAUGUCACCCUCGUCUGUUUCAGUGUCCCUCCGGGUGGACUGCACAUAAGUGUUAAGCUAAAGCUUGACUAUUUUCCUUGAAUUUACGCCUCACCUUUUAUGUUCUUUUUGUUUUGGACGUCCAUCAGCAUUUGAUCCACUUGAUACACAACAUAAAGUCAAUCGGAUUUACUUAACCAUUUUCUGUCAGCGGAUUUGCUACUAAAUAGAACUUUACCAUGGCUGAAGCAGGACGUCCCGAUGAACAGAGAAGCGACUCGGCAGGAGACGAGUUCAAUGAAAUUAUAAGGACGAGAUCCGAUGAAAGAGAAGAUGUUCAAAAGAAAACAUUCACAAAAUGGAUAAACUCUCAGUUCGCCAAGGCUGGGAAAUCACAGAUUCAAGAUCUCUUCACUGACCUUCGAGAUGGCAGGCAGCUGUUGGAGCUUCUGGAAGGUUUAGCUGGCCAUGAACUAGCAAAGGAAAAGGGCUUUACAAGGGUUCAUGCCCUCAACAAUGUAAAUCGAGCCCUGCAAGUUCUGCAAAAAAAUAAUGUUGAACUUGUAAACAUUGGUGGCGCUGAUAUUGUCGAUGGAAACCAUAAACUGACACUGGGCUUAAUCUGGAGUAUCAUCCUCCACUGGCAGGUAAAAGAUGUAAUGAAAAACAUCAUGGCAGGUUUGCAGCAGACAAACAGCGAGAAGAUCUUAUUAAGUUGGGUACGCCAGUUAACUCGGGACUAUCAGCAAGUCAAUGUUGUCAACUUUACCACCAGCUGGUCGGAUGGGCUCGCCUUCAAUGCACUCAUUCAUAGUCACAGGCCUGACCUCUUUGAGUGGAACAACGUACUGAAGCUGCAGUCAGCCGCUGAAAAGCUGGACCAUGCUUUCAACACUGCCAAACAGCACCUGGGCAUUGAAAAACUGCUUGAUCCUGAAGAUGUUGCAAUUGCACAUCCAGACAAGAAGUCCAUCAUCAUGUAUGUCACAUCACUGUUUCAAGUUCUGCCUCAGCAAGUAACCAUUGAAGCCAUCCAGGAAGUGGAGAUGCUCCCAAGGCCGACAAAGUUCACCCCGGAGGGACAUUUUCAAUUGCAGCACCAACAACGCUAUUCUCAACAGAUCACAGUCAGUGUUGCACAGGGUCGUGUUCGCACUCCUUCACCUUCUCCUAAGCCACGUUACAAAAGCUAUGCCUACACGCAAGCUGCUUAUGUCACAUCACCUGACCAAAAGAGACGGCGUUUUUCCCCUCAGCCUGAAGGCCUGGGAGACGACACAGUUGGCAGCCUGUUGAUGGAGCCAGAAGUUCAUCUGGACAGUUACCAGAGUGCCUUGGAAGAAGUGUUAACGUGGCUGCUGUCAGCCGAGGACACAUUGCACUCACAGAAGGAAAUAUCUCGUGAUGUAGAAGAGGUCAAAGAGCAGUUUCAUACCCAUGAGGGCUUCAUGGUGGAAUUAACAUCUCAUCAGGGCAAUGUGGGCAAGGUCCUUCAGGCAGGGAGCCAGUUGCUCUCUGUAGGAAAACUAACAGAAGAUGAAGAAAAUGAGAUUGAGGAACAAAUGAACCUUCUGAAUUCUCGAUGGGAAAAUCUCAGGGUAGCCAGCAUGGAGAGGCAAAGCAAACUUCAUGAAGUUUUAAUGGAUCUUCAACAUCAACAGUUGCAGCAGCUAGCUGACUGGUUAGGAGCAACGGAAGCAAGAAUAAACAAAAUGGAGAUAGAGCCCCUGGGCCCUGAUCUGGAGGACGUUAAACGUCAAGUGGAAAAACAUAAAUUACUUCAAGAAGACCUAGAAACUGAACAAGUGCGAGUAAACUCUUUGACUCACAUGGUGGUAGUAGUCGAUGAGAGCAGUGGAGACAGUGCCACAGCUGCCCUGGAGGAGAAACUACAGCAUCUGGGAGAGAGAUGGGCUGCUAUCUGCAAAUGGACAGAAGAGCGAUGGAUCCUUUUGCAAGAAAUUUUGCUGAAGUGGCAGCACUUCACUGAAGAACAGUGCCUAUUUGAUGCUUGGCUAACUGAAAAAGAAGAUACAGUUAACAAGAUUCAGACAACGGGAUUUAAAGACCAAAAUGAAAUGGUGGCCAAUCUAAGAAAAUUAGCAAUGUUGAAGGAAGAGUUGGAAAUGAAAAGACAUACGAUGGACAAGCUGUGCUCUCUCAGCAAGGACCUCCUGUCAGCCAUGAAAAGCAAGAAUGUGGCUGAAAAACUUGAAGCUCGUCUGGAGAAUAUUGCCCGGCGAUGGGAUGCUCUUGUGCAGACUCUAGAGAGAAACUCAGUGCAGAUUUCACAGGCUGUCAGUGCUGCUCAGACAUCAGCAGCACAAGCCUCCAUGAUAGAAACUGUAACUAUGGUGACUAGAGAGCAGACCCUAGUUAAAACUGUUAAAGAGGAACUCCCUCCAGCUCCACCCCAAAAGAAGAGGCAGCUUGUGGUAGACUCUGAACUUCGCAAGAGGUUUGAUGUGGACUGCACUGAGUUGCACAGCUGGAUGACAAGAUCUGAAGCCAUUUUGCAGAGCCCAGAGUUUGGUGUUUCUCGGAAAGAAGGGAGUGUGUCUGAACUGCAAGAACGUGUUAAUGCUAUUGAGAAGGAAAAACCAGAGAAGCUCAGAAAACUCCAAGAUGCUAGCAGAUCGGCUCAGGCUUUGGUGGAACAGUUGGUGAAUGAGGGACUAAAUGCUGAUGACAUCAGGCAGGCCUCAGAGCAGUUGAAUACUCGCUGGGUCGAGUUCUGUCAGCUGCUAGGAGAAAGACUGGCUUGGCUUGACUACCAGAAUAAGAUUACUGCCUUUUACAGCCAACUCCAACAGCUUGAGCAGACAGUUACUACUGCAGAGAACUGGUUGAAGAGUCAACAACCACCAGCAACAGAGGCUGAACCCAUUAAAAUCCAGUUGGAGAAAUGCAAGGAUGAAGUAGCACGAUUAUCCAACCUUCAGCCACAGGUUGAAAAGAUGAAGGAUCAAGAGAAGCAUUUAAAAGAAAAAGAAGAAGUACCAAUGUUUCUUGAGGCCGAUAUCACAGCACUUACCACCCGGUAUAAGCAGGUUCUAGUUGACCUUCAGGCGAGAGAAAACCUUCUCAACACAAUUCUCAACAGCCUUCCUCCUGCACGCUAUAAGGAGACAGUUACUACUCUUCAUUUGUGGAUACAGCAGGCUGAAACUAAACUCACAUUACCUCAGGUUACUGUUACAAAUUAUUUAGUCAUGGAGCAGAGACUGAAGGACCUCAAGAGCUUACAGGGUUCCUUGCAAGAGCAGCAGGAAGGUCUCAACUACCUAACUUCAACAAUGGAGGAUGUCUGCAAGAAAGCUCCAGUGGAAAUUAGCCAAAAAUACAGAGCUGAAAUUGAAGCUAUUCUUUGUCGCUGGAAGAAGCUGUCAACACAACUUGGGGAGCAAAUUCAAAAACUUGAGGAGCUGAUGACAAAACUUCAACAAUUUCAGAAUGACACUAAAACACUGAAGAAAUGGAUUGCAGAGGUGGAUGUUUUUCUAAAUGAGGAAUGGCCAGCCUUGGGAGAUUCAGAAGCACUUGAGAAGCAAUUGGAGCAAUGUACUGCUCUUGUGAAUGAUAUCCAAACUAUUCAGCCUAGUCUUAAUGGCAUUAAUGAUGUGGGUCAGAUUCUGAAGAAUGAGGCUGAACCUACAUUUUCCAUCAAGCUUCAGGAAGAACUGACUGAGCUCAAUGCUCAGUGGGACAGUGUGUGCAAACAGGCCUAUGCAAAAAAAUCUGCUUUGAAAGGAGGGCUGGACAAGACGAUAAGUCUUCGAAAAGACCUGUCUGAGAUGCAAGAGUGGAUAUCACAGGCUGAAGAGGAUUAUCUGGAGAGGGACUUUGAGUACAAAUCCCCUGAAGAAUUAAAAAAGGCAGUGGAAGAAUUAAAGAGGGCUAAAGAGGAAGUUGAACAGAAGGAAGUUAAAGUCAAGCUACUCACAGACUCGGUGAAUGGUUUCAUAGCAAAAUCUCCACCUGCCGCUCAUGAGACCUUAAAAUCAGAGCUUAAUGUUUUGACAUCCAACUACCAGAGACUCUGUAGCCGACUGAAUGGGAAAUGUAAGACAUUAGAGGAGGUCUGGUCUUGCUGGUGUGAGCUUUUGUCAUAUUUGGAGUCAGAGAACAGAUGGCUUGAUGAGCUAGAAUCAAAGCUGAGAGCCACAGACAAUAUCCAGGGGGGUGCAGAAGAGAUCUCAGAAGCAAUGGAUUCUUUAGAGAGUGUCAUGCGCCAUCCAGAUGACAAUCGUAAUCAGAUUCGGGAGCUUGCCCAAACUCUUACAGAUGGAGGUAUUUUAGAUGAGCUGAUCAACGAGAAACUAGAGACCUUCAAUAUUCGCUGGGAAGAACUUCAGCUGCAGGCUGUAAGUAGACAAAAGGCUCUUGAGCAAAGCAUUCAGUCUGCACAAGAGAAUGACAAAGCCCUACGUCUAAUCCAGGAAUCACUUUCUACUAUUGAUCGUCACCUAUCAUCCUACAUUGCCGAUCACAUCGAUGCUUCUCAGAUACCACAGGAAGCACAGAAAAUUCAAUCUGAUUUAACUGGACAUGAAUGUAGCCUAGAAGAAAUGAAAAAGAAAAACCUUACAAAGGAUGGUUCAGAGAGAAUUCUAUCACAGAUUGACAUAACACAGAAAAAGCUUCAAGAUGUUUCUGUGAAGUUUCGCCUCUUUCAGAAGCCAGCCAAUUUUGAACAGCGUCUGCAGGAGUGCAAGCUGGUUUUGGAUGAUGUUAAAGCUAAGUUGCCUGUGUUGGAGAUGAGAAGUGUGGAACAAGAUGUUGUCCAGUCUCAACUGGACCAAUGCAUGAAAUUUUAUAAAAAUUUGAGUGAAGUGAAGUCCGAAGUUGAAACCGUGAUUAAAACAGGUCGACAGAUUGUCCAGAAACAACAGACUGAAAAUCCUAAAGAGCUGGAUGACAGACUAACAGCUUUAAAGCUGCAAUACAAUGAGCUGGGUGCUCAGGUGACAGAAGGAAAACAGGAGCUGGAGAAAUGCUUAAAAUUGUCUCGGAAGUUGAGAAAGGAGGUGAACACCCUGACAGAAUGGCUGGCAGCGACAGACGCAGAACUGACAAAACGAUCUGCUGUGGAGGGGAUGCCCACUAAUUUGGAUGCUGAAGUGGCCUGGGGCAAGGCAAUCCAAAAGGAAACUGAGAAGCACCAGCAGCAGCUUAAGAAUGUGUCAGAAUUGGCUGAAGCUCUAAAAGCUGUUCUUCAUGGUAAAGAAAACCUAGUAGAUGAUAAAGUCAGCCUUCUGAAUUGUAACUGGAUAGCAGUGACAUCAAGAGCUGAAGAGUGGCUAAAUCUUCUUCUGGAUUAUCAAAACCAAAUGGAGAUUUUCGACCAGAAUAUUGCACAGAUCACUGCUUGGAUUUACCGUGCUGAGAUACUUUUAGACGAAUCAGAAAAGCAAGAGUCACAGGAGAAAGUAUUAAAGAAUUUGAAAUCAGAGUUAAAUGACACUGGUGCGGAGAUGGAUGUAGUGCGUACUCAGGCACAAGAACUAAUAAAGAAUCGUGGAGAACACUGCAGAGUGGUAGUGGAGCCAAGGUUAGCAGAAUUAAAUCAGAGGUUUGAUGCCAUAUCCAAGAGGAUACAAGCUGGGAAGCAGCUAAGCCCUACACCUUCAGCCAUUUCAGUGGUGUCGACUCCAGAUGAGGAGCUAAAGACACAGAGGAGUUUUCUAGCUGUACAGCAUAAAGUGCAGCAAGAGCUUCACCGUUUGGAAAUGCAACAGUCAUCUGAUCAUGUGAAAGGAGACUACCAUCUGACUAGCCUGAAAACUGUGCUUUCUUCUACUAGCACUGCAGUGUCUGCUUCGUCAGUUUCUCCUGGCAUCAUCCAGGCCCCAGUUUCCUACAAGGAAGUGGAUCAGUACCAUGCAGAUGCACAGAAAUGGCUCGAACACUUGGAGACAGAAGUUCAACAGGGUGAAAACCUGAAAGAAGGGGAUUUUCAAAAAGAUGCGGGUGAAGCUGAAGAAUUAGCAGUGAAAGAUCUACUGCAAAAGGGAGAGCACCUACAGCAAAGAGUCCUGGAUGAAAGAAAACGAGAAGAAAUACGGAAAAAGCAACACUUAUUGAAUACUAAAUAUAACAUUGUUAAGGAUUUACGAUCUAUAAGGAAGAAAAAGGCUCUUGCAAUUUCUCCUCAAUGGUACCAGUAUAAGAGGCAAACCGAUGACCUUUUGCAGUGGCUUGAUGAAAUUGAGAAAAAAGUAGCCAGCCUACCAGAUCCCAGGGAUGACCAAAGGAUGAAGGAUAUUGAUGCUGAUCUGGAGAAGAAGAGAGAAGACCUGAAUGCACUGAACAGGCAGGCUCAAAGUCUGUCAAGGGAAGGGGCUGCAAUGGCAGUGGAGCCAAGCUUGAUCCAGCUCAGCAAACGCUGGCAAGAAAUAGAGAGCAAAUUUGCUCAGUUCCGACGCCUGAACCUUGCUCAAAUUCACACAAUUUAUGAGGAGAAGACUAUCGUGACCAGUGAAGAACCAUUUUCGGAGACAUCUCAUGUGCCUUCUGUCUAUCUUGCCGAAAUAUACCGGCUGCUACAGUCCAUUGCUGAGGUGGAAUUUCUACUCAACUCCCCAGAAUACUGGGCUAGCAACUUCCAUGACUUCUCAAAGCAAGAGGAUUGCCUGAAGAAUGUAAAAGCCAGCAUGGGGAAAUUGUCUCUGUGGGUAGACAACAUCCAAAACAGGAAGUCCAAGACCCUUCAGAAUGCAACUCCAUCGGAAGCAGAACAGAUCUCCAAUGCUCUGUGUCAGUUAGAUGCCCGCUGGGAGAAAGUUAACAAGCUGCACAGGGACAGACGCAUGAGGUUUGACAGAUCUUUGGAGAAAUGGCAACAGUUCCAUAGUGACUUAAAAAGAAUUGCCCAGUGGCUAAGUGAAGCAGAACGUAUUCUGGCUGAUACACACCUUGAUCCUAGCAGCCCAGAUCAAACCAAAGUUAAAGAAAAUCUCAAGGUGCUGCAACAUGGUAUUGACAGCCACCAAGCAGUUGUGGCAGCGAUAAAUGCAACAGGAGAAGAGAUCCUCCAAGAUACUCCAUCGGAAGACACUGGCAUCUUUAAGGGGAAACUUGCCACUGUCAACAGUCGGUGGCAGGAAGUGUGUCGCCUAGUGAAUGAAAGACGAAAAAGAGUACAGGAAGAAAAGAACAUCUUGUCAGGACUACAAGAAGAUCUGAAUGAAUUUAACUUUUGGCUGGAGGAGGCAGAUAGCAUUGCUGCUAUUCAUCUAGAACCAGGAAAUGAGCAACAACUUAAAGACUCCUUAGAGAAAGUUAAGGUAAGAGUGGAAGAGUUACCACCCCACAAAAAAGCACUAAAGCAUCUGAAUGAAACUGGAAGUCUCAUUCUUGGAAGCACAGCACUUUCACCUGAAGAACAAAAGAAAUUACAGGUUGAACUUAAAGAGGCCAACAGUCACUGGGCACAGGUGUCUAGAAAUUUGCCAGAAAAGCAAAACGAAAUUGAAGAUCUGCUCAGAAGACUUUCACAGUUCCAGCUACAACUUAACCAACUGGCUUUCUGGGCAUCCUCAACAAAAGACCAACUCCAGUUAUAUAGACAGGUUGGAAUCCCAGGGGCAUUUGACACAAAGGACACUGAAAACGCUGUUAAGGCCAAACAAGCAGAUGUGGAUGGGAUCUUAUCAACAGCAGAUCACUUAUAUAGGGAGAAACCCCUCACUCAGCCAAUAAAGGGUAAACUUGAAGAUCUGCGCUCUGAUUGGAAAACAAUCAGUAUUUUACUUCAGCAAUUGAAAGCAAAACCAGAAGCUGGAGCAACAAGUUUCAUCUCUACUGGUGCUCGUCAACCAGCUACAGUAGUGACACAGACCCUAGUCACCAAAGAAAGCACACUGUCAAAAGUGGAAAUGCCAUCCUCUUUGCUUUUGGAAGUUCCAGCUCUAGCUGACUUUAAUAAGGCAUGGGCAGAGCUCACAGAUUGGCUGUCCCUAUUGGAUCAUGUGAUCAAAACUCAAAUAGUCACUGUGGGGGACCUUGAAGAAAUUAAUGAUAUGAUUGUCAAACAGAAGGCCACUUUGCACGAUUUGGAGCAGAGACGUCCUCAGCUGGAUGAUUUGAUCACGGCUGCCCAAAAUCUCAAAAAUAAGACAAGCAAUCAGGAGGCUCGGGCAGUUAUCACCGAUCGAAUUGACAAGAUUCAGGUUCAAUGGGAAGAAGUUCUUGGUCGGCUUCAGUCUCGGCGACAACAAUUACAGGACAUGCUGCAUGACUCCAGUCAGUGGCUUGAUGCAAAGCAAGAAGCUGAACAGGUCCUGGAGAGAGCCAAAGCCAGGUUGGAGUCUUGGAGGGAAAUCUCUUAUACGGUGGAUGCUUUGAAGAGGCAAAAUGCAGAUUUAAAGCAAUUUGUCAAAGAACUUCGGCAAUGGCAGAUUAACAUCGAUGUGGCCAAUGACCUUGCACGUAAACUACUGCGGGACUACUCUGCUGAUGACACCAGAAAAGUGGAGUUGAUGACGGAGAACAUAAGCAGUUCUUGGGCAAAUAUUAACAAAAAAGUGGGUGAACGGGAGGCAGCCCUAGAAGCUGCUCUUCGCCUAUUGCAACAGUUCUACUUGGAUCUGGAGAAGUUUCUUAGCUGGUUAACAGAAGCUGAAACAACUGCCAAUGUUCUUCAGGAUGCUACCCACAAGGAGGGUAUCCUGGAUGAUGCCCACGUAGUUCGAGAGCUUCUGAAACAGUGGCAGGACCUGCAAGCUGAAAUUGAAGCCCAUACAGAAGUGUUCCACAAUCUAGAUGAAAAUGGACAAAGAAUCCUAAAGUCUCUGGAGGGCUCUGAAGAUGCUACACUGCUGCAGCGCCGUUUGGAUAACAUGAAUGUCAGAUGGAGCGAUCUGCGCAAGAAGUCAUUGAAUAUUAGAUCUCAUCUGGAAGCCAGCAGCGAGCAGUGGAAGAGACUACACCUUUCCCUUCAAGAACUUCUUGCUUGGCUCCAACUAAAGAAUGAUGAACUGCAGAGACAGAAACCUGUUGGAGGGGACGUUCCUGCAGUUCAGAAGCAACUUGACACACAUCGGGCUUUCAAACGGGAGCUGAAAGCAAAAGAGCCAGUUAUCUUGACUUCUCUGGAGACUGUGCAGAUGUUUCUGUCAGAGCAGCCAGUGGAGGGACUAGAGAGGCUUUAUCACGAGCCAAGAGAUAUCACACCAGAGGAACGGGCUCAGAACAUCUCGCGGAUACUUCGUAAGCAGUCGGAUGAUGUGAAAAUAGAAUGGGAGAGACUAAAUAAACGCUCUGCCGAUUGGCAAAAGAAACUAGAGGACUCCCUCGAAAGACUGCUUGAGCUUCAGGAAGCUAUGGAUGAACUGGACAUGAAGCUUCGUCAGGGUGAGGCCAUCAAGCAGUCUUGGCAGCCAGUGGGAGACCUCCUCAUUGAUUCUCUACAGGAUCAAAUUGAAAAAAUAAAGGCCUUUCGCAUGGAAGUGGCCCCAAUUAAGGAAAAUGUCAAUCAGGUGAACAAUAUGGCUGCCCAGUUCACUCCUCCUGACAUCCAGCUGUCAGCUAACAACCUUAACCGCAUCGAGGAUCUCAACAACCGUUGGAAGCUCCUCCAGGUUUCCAUGGAAACCUCCAGAAACUCAGGGCAAAUGAAGGAGGGAGGAGAGAUCUCCAAGGUGUCCAUCGAGGAACGCCUGAAACAGCUGCAUGAAGCCCACAGGGACUUUGGCCCGACAUCACAGCACUUCCUCUCCACUUCUGUCCAGGGUCCCUGGGAGCGGGCAAUCUCACCAAACAAAGUACCCUACUACAUCAAGCCAGACAAAGAAAAAAGGCCUCUGGCACUCACCAGGACAGAAGAAAAAGAAAGCCACCAAACACAGACCACCUGCUGGGAUCAUCCUAAGAUGACUGAACUCUACCAGUCACUGGCUGACCUGAACAAUGUCAGAUUCUCUGCCUACAGAACAGCCAUGAAGCUGCGCAGAUUACAGAAAGCUCUAUGCUUGGAUCUCUUGGGCCUGUCAGCAGCGUGUGAUGCCUUUGACCAGCACAACCUCAAACAGAAUGAGCAGCUUAUGGACAUCCUGCAGAUAAUUAACUGCUUGACCACAAUCUAUGACCGGCUGGAACAGGAGAACAACAACCUAGUGAAUGUGCCCCUGUGUGUGGAUAUGUGCUUGAACUGGCUUCUAAAUGUCUAUGACACAGGCAGAACUGGGAAGAUUCGCAUACUGUCAUUCAAGACGGGCAUUGUUUCCCUAUGUAAGGCACAUUUGGAAGACAAAUACAGAUACCUGUUCAAGCAGGUGGCCAGCCCCACUGGAUUCUGUGAUCAGAGAAGGCUCGGUCUUCUCUUGCAUGAUUCCAUCCAGAUUCCACGACAGCUUGGAGAGGUGGCAUCCUUUGGUGGCAGUAACAUUGAGCCCAGUGUCAGAAGUUGCUUUCAGUUUGCCAAUAAUAAACCAGAGGUUGAAGCUGCAUUGUUCCUUGACUGGAUGAGGCUGGAGCCACAAUCUAUGGUCUGGUUACCAGUAUUGCACAGAGUGGCUGCAGCUGAAACAGCCAAACAUCAGGCUAAAUGCAACAUUUGCAAAGAAUGCCCUAUUAUAGGUUUCAGGUAUAGAAGUUUAAAGCACUUUAAUUAUGACAUCUGCCAAAGCUGUUUUUUCUCUGGACGUGUUGCAAAAGGACAUAAAAUGCAAUAUCCUAUGGUAGAGUACUGUACACCGACCACAUCUGGUGAAGAUGUAAGAGACUUUGCAAAAGUGUUGAAAAAUAAGUUCAGAACCAAGAGAUAUUUUGCCAAGCACCCCCGGAUGGGAUAUUUACCAGUUCAGACUGUGCUCGAGGGGGACAAUAUGGAAACUCCUGUUACUCUGAUCAACUUCUGGCCGGUAGAUUAUGCACCUGCAUCAUCUCCACAACUGUCACAUGAUGAUACGCAUUCACGGAUUGAACAUUAUGCUAGCAGGCUAGCUGAAAUGGAGAAUCGAAAUGGAUCAUAUCUCAAUGACAGUAUCUCACCUAAUGAAAGCAUAGAUGAUGAGCACUUGCUAAUCCAGCAUUACUGCCAGAGCUUAAAUCAGGAGUCACCCUUGAGUCAGCCCCGUAGCCCUGCCCAGAUUCUCAUCUCCCUGGAAAAUGAAGAGAGAGGAGAACUUGAGAGAGUCCUCAGUGAUCUAGAGGAAGAAAACCGAAACCUGCAGGCUGAGUAUGAUCGGUUGAAACAGGCACAUGAAAACAAGGGCCUAUCCCCACUGCCGUCCCCCCCAGAGAUGUUGCCUAUUUCUCCACAAAGUCCCAGAGAUGCUGAACUGAUUGCUGAAGCAAAGCUCCUUCGUCAGCAUAAAGGACGCCUGGAAGCCCGAAUGCAGAUCCUAGAAGAUCAUAAUAAACAGCUUGAAUCACAGCUGCAUAGGCUUAGACAGCUGCUGGAACAGCCCCAGGCAGAAGCAAAGGUCAAUGGCACUACCGUCUCUUCUCCUUCUACCUCCUCCCAGCGAUCAGACACCAGUCAACCAAUGCUCCUCCGUGUGGUUGGCAGCCAGACUACAGAAACUAUGGGUGAGGACGAUCUUUUAAGCCCACCCCAAGGAGCUAGCACAGGCUUGGAGGAAGUAAUGGAACAGCUCAACAACUCAUUUCCAACCACAAGAGGUAACAAUGUAGGGAGCCUUUUCCACAUGGCAGACGAUUUGGGCAGAGCGAUGGAAACUUUGGUUUCGGUCAUGACGGACGAUGAAGCUUUAGAGUAACAAGUGUUUUCCUACAUCACUGACUUCUGAAUAACAAGCAUGGUUUUUUUGUAAUACUUCAUAUGAAAAGGAUUGGACUGUAUUCGUUUACAAGAGAAAAAAAAAUCUAUAUUUUUGUGAAGGGUAGUGGUAAUAAAACUGUAGAUUUCAGUAGUUUCCUAAGUCUAAUAUUGUUUUGUUAACAAUGGCAGGUUUUACACUUCUAUGCAAUUGUACAAAAAAUUAAAACUACAUGUAAAAUCUUGUUCGUUGAAUAACUUGCCAUUUCUUUGUAUGGAACGCGUUUCGGAUUGUUUAAAAACAUUUGUAACAAUUAUAGAGAAAGAUUGUAAAACAAAAGGGUGCUUUAUAAAUUACAUACAUUUUAUUGUUUAUAAAAAACAAAACAAAAAAAAACAUUAAAAGGCAAUGCAUUUGAUUUGCUACAUUACAGCUAUGUAAUUUGUGUAGUUACAAGUGUUCAUUAUCAGUGUUACUUUCCUUGCUUUAUCAAAGAAAUAUUGUAUAAUGAUACCAAAUUAUUCAUGAGGUCAUCUGUCAUCUGUUUUUCUUUAGAUCUUGGGACAGGUCAGAAAAAAAUAAAAAAAAAAUAAAACAUCUCCUUUUUUUAAAAAAAAAAAAACAAAACAAGGAAGGCGAUAAGCAGGCGGUGCUGCUCUACCGUGGCCUAGUACUCUGUGUAUUAAAGCAGAAAUGAAUGAAAUGUUUUUGUCGGCCAUCACAAAUUCCCAUUCAGAUGCUUCACUUCUUUUUUUAUUUUUUCUUCUUUUUUUUUUUUAUUAAAUUCUGCAGUGUUUGGUACUUCGAUAACCAUUGCAAUUGUGAAUAGCUCUAAUUUGUUUUAUUUUCAAGCAUGAAUUUGCCUUAAAUUCUUUGGAAACUUGUCGUUCAAACUUAGAUCAUUAAAAUAAUGUCAGUUUGUUUCCUGAUGUAAAACAAAAUAAAUUACUCAAGGUAUAUUUUAACAAAAUGGAAACUAAUAGCAAGUAAUCGAAGUAGAUUGUAAACUUCAACUUAUAUUUGUCCCAGUCCUAGCUGAGUUUGUGUAUCUACUAGACUCUUGAAUCCAAGAACCUUCGCACAGUUGUAUCAAUUGGGGGAACUGCUAGCAUUUCACUUCACUUGGCUCGGGAUUUUCUAGAUUUCUUGGAGGGGGUUGCCCGAAACAAUUUUUUUGGACAUUAGUAAGUUUUAUAAUCAUGCAAUUUCUACCUCUGUUUUGUUUAAUGGUACUCUUUACAAAAAUGGCAUGAUGACCAUCUUUCUUUGUUUUCCACGUUGCAAUGUGCAAAACACUUUAUUAUACCUCCAUUCAAGUAAUGUCCUGCAUUAUUCAUUUAACAUGUUGUUUUGUUCAGAGGUCUGUAUUAUGAACCUGCUCUCAUCAAUAAGGACACUGAAUCAAUUUUCUGUUUAUUUUUCGAACCUUUCAUUUUCACACUUUCUUAGUAAACAUGUUGAGUUAAUUUGCAUGAUAGUUUUAUUUACGGUUUUUGCCUGAAUUGAGUUUUGAAGUUGUGUUUUUUUUUUCUUUUUCUUUUCUUUUCUUGAUUUUGAUGCUUUCAUAAUUUGAACUAAAGCAGUUUAAUGGUUUGUCAUUGCUUUAAUUUUCAGGAUAAGAAUAUUUUGAAUUAACAUGCAUAACCAAGAAAGUGUUACAUAAAAAUCAAUGAUAACACAGCUCACUAUCUGUGUCGUUAAAGCAUGAUACCUUUUAUUUACUCAGAUGUUAUGAUUCUUUAACCCAGUAUUGUGACAUUUCAUUAUUUUACCAGUCUCGUUUUAUUUUAUCACAACAUAUCAAACUCCACCAAAUAUAUGCCUUACUAUUGUAUUAUAAAUUGCUUUACUGUGUAUACCAAUAAAGCACGCAAUUAUGUUAAA